AUGGAGAGAGACAGUAGCUCAAGGAUUGAGUACGAGGUGUUCUUGAGCUUCAGAGGGUCUGACAGUCGCCAAACAUUCACCAAUUGCCUCUAUGAAGGCAUGAAAGGUGCAGGGAUCCGAGUUUUUAGGGAUGACGACGAGCUCCGAGUUGGGCAGAAGAUCAAGGAAGAGCUCCCACGGGCCAUUCAGAACUCAAGGAUCUACAUGCCCAUCUUGUCAAGGAACUAUGUGUCCAGCAAAUGGUGCCUCAUCGAGCUUGCCACAAUGGUCGAGAUGGCAUCAAAGUCAAAUGGCACGAAAGAGAUCCUCCCCAUUUAUCUCGACGUGAAUUCAGAUGAUGUCAAGCUCAAGACUCCGCUGUACCGUGAUGUGUUUGUGCAGCACGAGACGAACUUUGACGCCGGCCAAGUGAAGGUGUGGCGUGGUGCCCUCUUGGAGGUCGAGGAAAUCAAGAGAUUGAACUUGAAAAAUUAUCGAGGCUAUGGCGAACUCAUUAAAGUGAUCAUCCAGGAAGUCCUGGUCAAGCUGAAUGCCAAAUACAAGAACCUGACUGAACACUUGGUCGAAGAUCAUGUUCAGGUCGAUGCAAUUAUGAAGCUGUUAAGUGUCGACUUUCGCGGUGUGCGUUUCAUGGGAAUCCAUGGAAUAGGUGGUAUUGGGAAGACAACACUAGCGAAAGUCAUUUACAACAAAGUCUCUUCUUGCUUUGAUCGUUGCAGUUUCCUCAAAAAUGUUCGAGAGAUCUCCAGAAGAUCGGACGGUCUUGUACAUUUGCAGAAGCAAUUGCUGUCAAGCAUCCCCAAUUUGAGGUUCAGCAGCGAUACUUUUAUCCGCGACGUUGACCAAGGGAUCGACAUGAUAAAGAAGGCACUCUGUGACAAGAAAAUGCUCAUCGUGCUCGACGAUGUGGAUGAGAAAGAUCAGCUCGAAAAGCUGGUUGGGAAGAGCAAUUGGUUCGAAGAUGGAAGCAGGGUCAUCAUAACGACAAGGAACACGAGCAUUGUGACCGACCGGAUGGAAACAUUAGAGGUCGACCCUCCCCGCUAUCGGCAUGGAGGUAUCUUGUCAUAUGAAGUCAAGGAAAUGGGAUUUGGUCAAGCGCUUCAGCUAUUCUGUCGACAUUCGUUUAGGAGAGACUCUCCUACAGAAGAUUAUGACAGCCUAUCGAGACAGAUCGUCUCAGCUUUAGGGAAGCUUCCUUUGGCUAUCGAGGUGAUAGGGUCAUCUCUUUCUGGCGUUUCCACUGACAAGGCCUCAUGGGAAGAGACGCUGAAGAAGUUACAGAAAGUUCCUCCGAAGAAAGUCCAAGAGACGUUGAUGAUAAGUUAUGAGGGAUUAGAACCAACGCAGCGGAAAGUUUUUCUAUACAUCGCGUGCUUUUUCAUCAAAGAAAAUAAGAAAUAUCCGAUUUUCAUGUGGAGCGAUCAUGAAUACUAUCCUCGUGACGCAAUCAGAGUCCUCCUUCUUAGGUCCUUGAUAAAGAUUAGAGAUGAUAAUAAGUUUUCAAUGCAUGACCAAGUUAGGGAUCUCGGGAGGCACAUUGUCUAUGAAGAGAAUUGCAGAUUUCCUGGCAAGCGUAGCAGGGUAUGGAAUCCUGAGGAGGCAUUGAACUUAUUGAGGAAUAAACAGGCAAGUGAAGAAAUAGAAGCACUGAGUCUGAACUAUAAUGGUCAAAGUGAUGGUAGAGGCUAUACCUUCACUGAUGAAGAAUUACAUAGUCUACGGAGUCUAAGGUUCCUCCGAGGGAAAGGGUUGAAUUUUGUUGGGAACUUCAAAGAUCAUUGCGAGCUAAGAUGGCUUUCUUGGCAUGAUUGUCCUCCAAAUUUCACAGCAACGAAUUUUUGCCUAGUUAAUUUGGUGGUGCUCGACCUUUCCAAGAGUAAAAUUACUGAAGAUUGGACCGGAUGGAGUCAAAUCAAGAUGGCGAAAAAGUUAAAAGUUUUAGAUUUGAGAAGCUACAAUUGCUUGAGAAGCACACCUGACUUAUCUAGCUUCGCAUCUCUCGAGAUAUUGAUUCUUGCUUGGUGUUCCAAGUUAGCCACCAUAGAUCGCUCCAUUAUUAACCUACAGAAGUUGAGCACUCUGAAUAUGGAAGGAUGCAAUUCUCUUCAGGAGUUGUCGGAAGAAGUUGGUUCUCUAAAAUCUUUGACGGAGUUAAUCAUGCCCAAACAUUCUCUGCUGUGCAAGCUUCCGGAGACAAUUGGCAAUUGGCAAUCUUUGUCAAAAGGUUGCAAAGGGAUCAAGGAGCUUCCGCCAUCACUCGGGGAAUUAGAAUCGCUGAUUGAGUUAGAUCUGUCAUUCUCAAGAGUAGUCAAUGUACCCGAUUCAAUCACAAAUCUGAGGAAGCUCAAAUUCAUUAGGAUGGGAAACACCAAGAUAGGAAAGUUGCCUGAUGCCAUUGGGCGAUUGGAGAUGCUAGAAGAGUUACAUUGCCCAGAGUGUCAGCACCUAUCUGAUGAAAUCCCAUGUAGCAUUGGGGAAUUGUCCCAUUUAAGGAUCUUGGACGUAUCGGGCACUCGCAUCUCUGGAUUGCCAGCCACAAUGAGUCAUCUCCCUUGUCUCAAACAACUUGAGUUGAAGGAGUGCCAUGAGCUUCGACAAUUGCCAGAGCUUCCCUCGAGCUUGACAAGCCUUACCCUUGAUGUUUAUUACUGUCAAAUCACUCCAGACCUUACAAACCUAGUUAAUUUAGAACACUUGGACUUAUCGUUCCACAGGGAUUCUCAUGGGGGCACUGGCAAGUGGAAGGAACUUCUCUCACUUUGGAAAAACCUAAAAUCUAUCCACAAACUUCCAUCUAGCUUGUCAACCUUGAAACUUACCGAUAUCACACCGCUGCCACAAUUUUCCAGCUUCAGGAACCUGUCAAAACUCUCCGUUUCUAGCUGCUCGAUGACGCAUUUUCCAGCUCUUGAACACCUGGAGCAUUUGAGGGAAUUGUCUGUAGAAAAAUGCACAUCUCUCGCGGGAUUGCCUGAUCUAUCAAAUUUGAAGAAUCUAGAAACCUUGCAUCUAUCCGACUUACAAGAACUGGUAGAAGUACAAGGUCUGGGGGAAUUGGAAUCUCUGGAGUCCUUAAAGAUUACAUGUUGCGGGUCAAUAGAAAUAUUGCCCAACCUAUCGAAGCUGGGAAAGAUGAAGCAUUUCGAUCUGGAAUGUUGUUCGGGGCUAAGAUGCGUUGAAGGCCUAAGUGGCUUACGACAUUUGACCCAGGUGACUCUUAAAGAUUGUGAGUCCCUGCAAGGUUUGCCAGAUCUACCGAGAGGGACCAAGCUAGACACAGAUUGGGAAUCACCAGAAACGUCGGACCCAUGUAUUUAUAUCAGCGGCUAG